AAACUUGCAGGAUGCCAGUUGUGUCCUUAUGAUUGGCUGCCACAUGGAGACGACUGUUAUUACUACUCAGAUGUAACAUACAGAACAUGGAACCAGAGCCGGGAUCAGUGUGAGAUGAUGGGAGCUGAUCUACUGGUCAUAAAGAACCAGGACCAGCAGGAGUUUAUACGGAGAGAUCUUAGACAGCGGAGAGAGGACUCAUACUGGAUAGGACUUCACCAUGAUGGAGACGGCUGGAGAUGGGUGGAUGGAGAACAUUAUAACAGCAGCUUGUUCAAGAUGACGGCGGAAUCAUCCGAAGGCUGCGUAUUGACUAAAUCUGGACAAUAUUAUCAGGACAGCUGCCAUCAUACAUAUGGAUGGAUAUGCAUAAAGAAAACUCUGAAGAUCGACCUAAGCUGAUUUCAUCAGACGGAGUCCUUUAGAAAGGAGCAGGAUUAGGCUACUUUCACACUAGCG